UAUACUACUUCGUGUCUCCCUCUCCUAUGCCCUAUUUCGUGCGUAAAACAUAACCUCUUUUUUUCCGGCGAAAUAAACAUCCGUGAUCACAAGAUGUUGUGAUUUUCCUUUAAUUAUUUUAUAAUAAACUUACUGUUAACUGACAAAAUUAACCUUUUGGACAAAAAAGGGGAAAGUUUAAUUUAGAAAUGAUUAAAUCUAGUUUUAGGAAUGCAUCAACAAUAUUUAUUUCUCGAAUUCAAUGCAGAACAGUCUCAACUCUUUCAAAUGGACAAAGAAGAAAUAAAGUCGAGAUUAAGAACCAAAAUUUCUUGAGCUUUAAUUUAAAAAAUGGAUUCGAGAAUAGAAAUAGGUUUUUUAAUGAUUCGAGGCCCAUACUGUCAAACUUUGGCCCUGAAAGAAGGAAUUUUAGUGUCAGAAAUUUCUCGAGUUCUUCAACAGCGGAAACGCUGGAAACGGUCUCAAAAUAUUUAGAGGGAUCGCCAGUCGACUGGUUUCAAAAUUUAUUACUGUGGACACAUUCAACGACAGGUUUGCCAUGGUGGGCCACAAUACUGAUAAAUUCUGUCGCAUUAAGAAUUUGUUUUAUCACACCACUCACUAUUUAUCAGAUGAAUACAGCUGCUCGUCUGGAAAACGUGCAGGCUGAAUUGGAAGGAUUUGUUUGGAAAUUGAAAAAGGAAUCUGAACGCAGCGUACAAUUAAACAAAUAUUCCAAAAUAAUGGCAAGAAGAAAUUACAACAAAUCAGUAUGUACUAAUGCUCAGGGAAGAGAUGAAAAAAUUAUACAUUAGAGAUAAUUGCCAUCCAGCAAAAGUUUUUGCGAUUGCAAUGAUUUAUUUUGCAACUUUUGUUUGCCAAACUAUCGCAAUCCGCAAUCUGUGUUACAUGUUGCCUACACCCGACGCUUACAAAAAAUCUCUUAAGAAAAACUCAAACAUCUUAUAAGUUGUUGAGAAUAAUCCAAAAAUGGUCGAUAGUUGUUUUUCCGAUAAUUUCCAUAGUGAUAUCAUCGAAUAUGCCAGCCGCUGUAGUUUUAAGCUGGGCGACAAAUAGUACCCUAGCAUUUGCAGAAAUGCUUUUAUUUUCUCUACCAAAAGCUCGUCGAUUUGUCGGAAUUCCUGCAACUCUUUCUGAUCACGAUCGCCCAUUCAGAGUUUUAUUCGAAAAAAUUAAAGAGAAAUAUAGGCUACCGAGGAGCGUGAAAGAAAUUUCAUAAUCGAGUAAGUAAAACUGUUAUUUGUAAAUAGACGAAAUUUGAUAUGUAAUUAUUAUAUGGU